GCACUGACUCUUUUUUUUUGUUAUUUCCUUUGAAAAAGGUACACCGCUGUGUUAGAGCACCCCUGAAGGAAAAUGGUCAGCAUCAAGUGUGGAUCCCGUCGCAAGGCUCGCCGCGCGCACUUCCAGGCCCCCAGCCAUGUGCGCCGCAUCCUCAUGAGCGCCCCGCUCUCCAAGGAGCUGCGCGCAAAGUACAACGUUCGCGCGAUGCCAGUGCGCAAGGACGACGAGGUCCUUGUCAAGCGUGGCUCCUUCAAGGGCCGUGAGGGCAAGGUGACGGCGUGCUACCGCCUCAAGUGGGUGAUCCACAUCGACAAGGUGAACCGCGAAAAGGCCAAUGGCUCGACCGUGCCCGUCGGCAUCCACCCCUCCAACGUCGAGAUCACAAAGCUGAAGCUAACCAACCACCGUAAGGCCAUCCUCGAGCGCAAGGACCGCCUCGCGAGCAGCGACAAGGGCAAGGGCAAGGUUACCGCCGCGGACAAGGCCAUGCAGCAGAUGGACUAGAUGGUGCUACCAGCACAAAGGGAAACGAGUCGGCAAAGACGGGGAAGAAGGAAAGAGUCUCAGAGGGCUUCGCUAGUCAGAGUGAGAGGUGUGUGGGGAGCUGAGUGAGGGAGAUAUUUACACAUAAGCAUCCUUUUCUUUUGGGAAAUAGGAGGUCUUUGGUAUUUUUUCCUCACUCGCCAUUCACCUGCUUUCGUGCCUUCUGUUUUGUUGUGCAACCCUACUUUAUGAUUAUUUUCUUUUUGUACAAAUUAUGAGGCAUCGA